AACAAUUUCCUGAUGACUGGUCCAAAGGCUUACUUGAUCUACUCCAGCAGCGUGGCAGCUGGUGCCCAGAGUGGUAUUGAAGAAUGCAAAUACCAGUUUGCCUGGGACCGCUGGAACUGCCCUGAGAGAGCCCUGCAGCUGUCCAGCCAUGGCGGCCUUCGCAGUGCUAAUCGGGAGACAGCAUUUGUACAUGCCAUCAGUUCUGCCGGGGUCAUGUACACUCUGACUAGAAACUGCAGCCUUGGGGAUUUUGACAACUGUGGCUGUGAUGACUCCCGCAAUGGGCAACUGGGGGGUCAAGGCUGGCUGUGGGGAGGCUGCAGCGACAACGUGGGCUUCGGAGAGGCAAUAUCCAAGCAGUUCGUCGAUGCCCUGGAGACAGGACAGGAUGCUCGGGCAGCCAUGAACCUGCACAACAACGAGGCUGGCCGCAAGGCGGUGAAGGGCACCAUGAAACGCACGUGUAAGUGCCACGGCGUGUCUGGCAGCUGCACCACGCAGACCUGCUGGCUGCAGCUGCCUGAGUUCCGAGAGGUGGGCGCGCACCUGAAAGAGAAGUACCACGCAGCUCUCAAGGUGGACCUGCUGCAGGGUGCUGGCAACAGCGCGGCGGGCCGCGGCGCCAUCGCAGACACCUUUCGCUCCAUCUCCACGAGGGAGCUGGUGCACCUGGAGGACUCCCCAGACUACUGCCUGGAGAACAAAACUCUAGGACUGCUGGGCACCGAAGGCAGAGAGUGCCUGCGGCGCGGCCGGGCCCUGGGCCGCUGGGAGCGCCGAAGCUGCCGUCGGCUCUGUGGGGACUGUGGGCUAGCGGUGGAGGAGCGCCGCGCCGAGACCGUGUCCAGCUGCAACUGCAAGUUCCACUGGUGCUGCGCGGUCCGCUGCGAGCAGUGCCGCCGCCGGGUCACCAAGUACUUCUGCAGUCGCGCGGACCGGCCGCGGGGCGGCGCGGCGCACAAACCCGGGAGAAAACCCUAA